UUGCGGGAAUGCGACCUGCACCAGCCCUGUCCACUUCCCUGCGGCCUCCCAAAUUGUUAGCUGUGGGGUGAACAAGCAGGCUUCCCAAGGGAGCUGGACCUUUGCCAGAGACACCAAGUUUUUCUUGCGUCAACUUAUGCAGGUGGCUGACCUUCUGCGGGCCUCAGCUUCCUUAUCAGAGACCAUGAUGGGUCAGAGCCCGGAAUGUAGAGAGGGGCCCUGUAACAACGGAGCCCCCUCCCUUCUGUGGGCAGCCUCUCCAGAGCCUGGUUGCAAUGACUGCUAAUGGGGGCGGGUGUGAUGAGACAGUUGUGCGUGUUCGGCCCAACCACUGCCUGCCCUCUUGCUGUGGUCUUGUUUCACUCACUUGCACUGGGUGAGGUGGGGUGAGGAACUGAUAGAGUUCACUUUGCAGAGUGAGAUGGGUCAGUAGGUAAGAGGGCUUCGUGAGUAUUGAGAGUUUCCUAUGACAUGAUCUUCCAACCCUGGACACCUCCUCCUAGCUUGUCCCUCAGGAGGCCACUGACUUCACCAAACCCAGUGCCAUCUUGGAGAGGUUGGGGUGGCUGUUAACAGAAGAAGGCCUGGGAAGAGGAGCUGGAUGGGUCAGCCGUGUGAUGUUCAGCAAGUCCCUUCCCCUGUCUGAAUCUCAGUUUUCUCUUGUGAAAACAAGUGGGUUAGACUAGAUAGCAGUGUUUUUCAAACUUCUGUUUCACAGUGUAUUCUUACCCAGAACCCCAACAUAUAGUAUGAAUAACAUGGAGCUGCUCUGGCCUCCCCUUCUCACCCUGGUGAUCCUGAAGCAGGUCUAGAAAUCCCUAAAUAGAUGAUCUGUGAGAUCUCUUUCUGUGGGGUUCUAGGAAAUCUGUGUCAGCUCCUGAAGUGUUGCCUGGUAUUAGAAUUGUAGACAGGAAUGUGAAUUCCAAGGACUCCAUCAGGAGAAAUGUGGGCAUUAAGGAGGAUAUCAUCCUGGGAGCAUCUGGAGCUGAUGGCCUGUGCCUCUGGCCAAAAGUUUGUUAUAUGUCCCAGGCCUCAAUGAGGAGCCCAAACAUGGAGCCCUUCAAGCAGCAGAAGGUGGAGGACUUUUAUGACAUCGGAGAGGAGCUGGGGAGUGGUCAGUUUGCCAUCGUGAAGAAGUGCCGGGAGAAGAGCACGGGUCUGGAGUAUGCAGCUAAGUUCAUCAAGAAGCGGCAGAGCCGGGCGAGCCGGCGUGGUGUGAGCCGGGAGGAGAUCGAGCGGGAGGUGAGCAUCCUGCGGCAGGUGCUGCACCACAACGUCAUCACCCUGCACGACGUCUACGAGAACCGCACCGACGUGGUGCUCAUCCUCGAGCUAGUGUCUGGAGGAGAGCUCUUCGAUUUCCUGGCCCAGAAGGAGUCACUGAGUGAGGAGGAGGCCACCAGCUUCAUUAAGCAGAUCCUGGAUGGGGUGAACUACCUUCAUACAAAGAAAAUUGCUCACUUUGAUCUCAAGCCAGAAAACAUUAUGUUGUUAGACAAGAAUAUUCCCAUUCCACACAUCAAGCUGAUUGACUUUGGUCUGGCUCACGAAAUAGAAGAUGGAGUUGAAUUUAAGAACAUUUUUGGGACGCCAGAAUUUGUGGCUCCAGAAAUUGUGAACUACGAGCCCCUGGGUCUGGAGGCUGACAUGUGGAGCAUAGGUGUCAUCACCUACAUCCUCCUAAGUGGAGCGUCCCCUUUCCUGGGAGACACAAAGCAGGAAACACUGGCAAAUAUCACAGCAGUGAGUUAUGACUUUGAUGAGGAAUUCUUCAGCCAGACGAGCGAGCUGGCCAAGGACUUCAUUCGGAAGCUUCUGGUUAAAGAGACCCGGAAACGGCUCACAAUCCAAGAGGCUCUCAGACACCCCUGGAUCACGUCAAAAGGAGAAGUCAGAGCCCCUGAACAGCGCAAGACAGAGCCCACCCAGCUGAAGACCAAGCGCCUGAGAGAGUAUACUCUCAAAUGCCACUCAAGCAUGCCUCCCAACAACACCUAUGUCAACUUUGAGCGUUUUGCCUGUGUGGUGGAAGACGUGGCUCGGGUGGACCUGGGAUGCCGUGCCCUGGUGGAGGCCCAUGAUACCAUCCAGGACGAUGUGGAGGCCCUGGUCUCCAUCUUCAAUGAGAAGGAAGCUUGGUACCGAGAGGAGAGUGAGAGCGCCCGGCAUAACCUGUCCCAGCUCAGGUAUGAGUUCCGCAAGGUAGAGUCAUCGAAGAAGCUGCUGCGAGAAGAUAUCCAGGCCACGGGGUCCAACCUUGGAAGUGUGGCCAGGAAACUGGACCAGGUGGAGGCCCAGUUUGAGGCUCUGAGGCAGGAGCUCUCCACAGACCUGCAGUGGAUCCAGGAGCUGGUGGGCAGCUUCCAGCUGGAGAGCGGGAGCUCCAAGGGCCUGGGCUCCGCAUUACACCAGGACACCAGCGAAUCCCUAUCAGAGCUGCUCAGCAGAUCAUGCACCGAGGAAGUUCUGGCCGGCUGGAAGCUCUGAGCGCCAGAGUCCAGUCAGUAAUGCAUCCCAAGAGGUUUGCGGAAGCAAGUUCUCAUCCGCCCAGCUGCAGCAUCUAGCUAGAAUGAUCCUGCAGGGGUGUGUGUCUGUAGUAUAGCCUUCUACCCCCUCCACAGAAUCCAGAAUCACUGAGAUGCCCAUUAAUUAUUCAUUCUGCCCCUCCCCUUACCACUCUGGUUUUCUGGGAGGGUGCUGGCAGGGCAGCCAAGCUGUUAAAACAAUUAAAGAGUGAGUACCCUUCAGGGUCCCCUUCUCCAGAGGAAGGAUGGCUGGCCCUAGGGAGAUGCUUGAGAAUUGAUUUGUGAUGAAGGAUUUGUUCGCAUCUCAUUUUCUGCCUACAUACCUUAUGGCUUGUAGAUCUUGGGUAAUAUUUGAGUUAACGGCAAAUAACUAAGUCAGCAUGAUGCUCUCCUGCUACAGAAGCAGGGAUUUAAAAUGCAUACAGAAAAUAAUAUUACCUUCCAUUUGCAUUGAUUUUUCACUUACUGAGCACAUUAUGUCUGACGAAUGACCUCAUUUGAUCCUUAAAAGAACUCAAUGAGGACGGGCGUGGUGGCUCAAGCCUGUAAUUCCAGCACUUUGGGAAGCCAAGGCGGGCAGAUCACUUGAGGUCAGGGGUUCAAGACCAGCCUAACCAACAAGGUGAAAUCCCAUCUCUAUUAAAAAUGCAAAAGUUAGCCAGGCAUGAUGGCAGGUGCCUAUAAUUCCAGCUACUCAGGAGGCUGAGGCAGGAGAAUUGCUUGAACCUAGGAGGCAGAAGUUGCAGUGAGCCGAGAUGGUGCCAUUGUACUCUAGCCUGAGCGACAGAGCAAGACUCACUCUCAAAAAAAAGAACUCAAUGAGAUAGGAAGGUGGGUGGUAUUAUUAUCAUUAUUUCCAUGUAACUGAUGAGAAAAUUGACUCAGAGGGAAAAUGAUAUGGUCAAUCAAUACGGAUGAAACAGAAACCCAGCAUGCCCAUCUCUAAGAUGAGUAUAUAGGAGAAAGUAGUAAGGCUUGGCUGUAAAUAUGUAUCUUAAUAUUAAAGUCCAGCUCCCAGAGGCAAAGUAAGCAGCUUCAUGCAUUCUGCCAGGUGUAGGUGGGAUGCAUAUACCAGCAGAUGAUUGUCCUAGGAGCUCUGUCCCAGAAGGCACAGUCAUUGUCCCUCCCCAGCCCUGUCUCUGUCUGAAGAUCUGCCUGCAAGCAGGAGAGAAGGAAAGAAGGAGUCUUCCCAUUCUCCACCCUUUCCCCUCUUCUAGCUAACAGCCCCAAUUUUGGGUCAGGAAUAAAGACCAGAAGGUCCUCAGCAGGAGGGUCCUCUUCUUAUGUACCUAGGCCAUUAGGCCUUGAAGGCCUAAGAAAUUCCGUGAGAAUUUUUGAAAAGGGCAAAUGUAAAGAUGGGGAAGCUCAAGGCCACAUGGUCCUUUCAUGACCCAAACCUUUGAGCACCCCUCCCCAAGGAUUAUAAGAUCUCAUCUCCCUUUCUCUGGAGGAGGAGCCAGUCAACCAGCUCAUAUCAACAGAGCAUGGCAUAUGAGCCCAGUGCUGAGCUAGGAGCCUGUGAGUGGGGCAUAGCUUGUAUAAUUCAAAGUGUCUUCAUGGCCUCACAAAACAUUCCUAUCAUAGAGGCAGACUAAAUGAUAUUCCCAAUUUAGAGAUGAGGAAACAGAGAGCAGAUGGGAUUUUCCCAAGGUUACAUCAUUAUGGCAAAAGUAGAGGCCUUCUGAUGUCAAGUCUGUUGCUCUUUCUGCUUCCCCUGGCUGCACCAGGAGACAGAGAUUUACUCCCUGCUUGGGAGGGCAGCUCACACCUGGAUUCAUCCAUCCAUUUACAAAUAAUACUUAGGCACCAAUUUCCAGAUGCCUGGCUUGACUCUGGCAAUACAAUGUUGAGUGAAAACAGGCCUGAUUCCUGCUUUCACGGAGUGCUCAGUCCAGCGAAGGAUUUGAACAUUGAAUCACACAAAUGUAGAGCUGCAACUUGUGCGCAUGCUGGGAGAGAAGCAUGCAGUGCUGCGGCAGCCUGCCGCGGGGGUCUGACAUCAUCGGGGGAAGCGUCCUGAAGCAGUGACACUGGGAGAGAGAUCAGCUAAGGCAACCAGGGAAAGAGAAGUUUCCCAGCAGAGCCAUCAUGCCGGGGCUCUGUGAUGAGAGGCAGUGUGGAAGGCUGAGAAUGCGAGGACGGGAAGCUGAAGGGGAGAGAAUAGGAAUACAGUGUGGAAAUGACCGGAGAACAGGCAGGACCUGCAGGCCUGUGGCCAUGUGGAAGAGCUCUGCCCUCACCCCAAAAGUCAUGGGAAGUCAGUGGGUUCCGGAUGCUGGGGAGGAAAUGCCCCGUGAACAGCUCAGGCAGGAAGUGGUUUAGGACAAGACAUGAAAGUUUGAUCUCACGGAAACCAUUUCUUCAAAAUCCUGUCUCCUUUUCUAUUUGCACGAAGGAUCAUUUCGAAUAUCAUGUAUAAUAUUCGUAACAGAAGCUUUCUUCAUCAGAUAUGAGAAACCCUGGUAAUAAGAGGCAUCAUUCGUUUAUGGACCACUAAGGAAAAAAGUCUAAUAGGAGCCUCCCCCUCCCCCCACCAAAUAAAGCUAUGCUGCCCUCAGUGAGAGGGUAAAUGCGGAAAAGGGAAGCAAGGAAGCCUGUGUGUCUUAACCCCGACACUAAGUGGGGGUGAAAAAUCCUCCCCUGGGAACAGGAGUCCCAGACUGGUGGUACUCAUGCAGGUUUGCUUUCUGAAUUUGCACAAUCAAUGUGAUCCAAAGCAACAUCAAGCAGAGUAUGAUGUCCAGCGGUCUGAGGCUGGGUGGCUCUGGGUGGCAGAAAUAGUACUGUCCUCUCCCAGAGCACCUGCCUUCACUGCAGGCCAACAGUAAGAAUAUGAUAGCAUCAUCCUGACUUCAGAGAUCCAAAAAUGUGCACCUUGGAGCCAACGGAAGAUGGCAAAAGCUCUGUUUCCUACAUCCUACCCAAGAGAAUUGGUUCAAAUGACCUGUCUACAGUCUCUCUAUAGUCUUUCCUGCCCUGUCACAGGAUGUCGUAUACUUGUUUGGUGCUGAGACACUGCAAAUAUUAAAUGUCCCUUUGGCCAUAUUAAUAGACCUUGACCUUCACACAGCCAGGUUUCUAAGGAGUGGAAGCCACUGAUGGAGCAAUAUAGGGGAAGCUCUUUAGGGAAGGUCAAAAUAGAAUACAGGCCCGGCACUGUGGCUCAUGCCUGUAAUCCCAGCACUUUGGGAGGCCGAGGUGGGCAGAUCACUUGGGGUCAGGAGUGUGAGACCAGCCUGGCCAACAUGGUGAAACCCCAUCUCUACUAAAGAUACAAAAAUUAGCUGGGUAUGCUGGUGGGUGCCUGUAGUCCCAGCUACUCAGGAUACUCAGGAGGCUGAGGCAGGAGAAUCACUUGAACCCAGAAGGCAGAGGUUGCAGUGAGCCGAGAUCAUGGCACUGCACUCCAGCCUGCACUCCAGCCUGGGUGACAGAGUACAGGCGCCCACCACCAUGCCCAGAUAAUUUUUGUAUUGUUAGUAGAGAUGGGGUUUCACCAUAUUGGUCAGGCUGGUCUUGAACUCCUGACCUCAGGUGAUUCACCCACCUCUGCCUCCCAAAGUGCUGGGAUUACAGGCGUGAGCCACCACACCCAGCUCAGACUACAAAUUAAAGGUUGGCUUCUGUGCUCUGUUUAAACACCAUGCUGGGCUGUGUGGGAGAGGAAAGUGUGUGACAUCUCCUUGAAUAACGAUUCCCAAGGAAGCUGGCAGGCUGGCUCUUGGGGAAGGCAUCUGCCUGUUCCUUCUCUGAGGCAGGUGCUUACAGCCUAGCACUGCCUGACUGUGUCAGAAAGUGGGGCAAUGGUUUGCUGAUGGAUGAUUCUGCAGCUGUGGGAGUCUGGCAGGAAGGGAUGGAGCAGAGGAAUAAUGUCAGGAAGAGCUGAAGUCUCCCCCAUGGGCCCCUUCCCCUCCCUUGAAGGUGACCAUGAAGGUGGUGGCUUCCCCCCUCCAUCAGGCAGCACAGGUGGCCCAGCCCAUGCUGGAGGUGGCUGUGUGCCCAGCUGUCACCCCUACUGUCAACCUUCUGUAAAUGUCUGUGGGACCGGAUGCCUUUUUUCCUUGGUCUGUGAAAUUCUUGACCCCAAGGUGGGCAUGUUCACAUUGCAGAAGGGUCCAGUAGCGUUGAACAAACACUGACUGUGCUCUGGCUCAGGGGGAGGUGACAGACAAGGACAAGACAACCUUGAAUGAAAGACUCAGUGUCUGGGGCAGAUUGGGACUCAGCCAACUGGAAGAUGGGAAAAGCUGUGGUGAGUGAUAAAAUAGAGCUUCCUCAUCUAGAAAUCAAAGGAGAGAGGAAUUCUGAUUGGGUAGGAGAAAGGGUAGGAGGGUGGCAGAGAACAGAGGCCUUCCCAGAGAUGUUGUCCCCACCAGUGACCUCCCCCCCUCAAUCCCCAAGCUGUGUCCCUUGAGGAAGGCAUGAAUAAAAUAUGGAAGGAUGGGAUGAGCCCAGAUUGGGGUUGGGAACUUGGAACUGUUGAAUGGAGAUUAAAGAGAGGAAGAUUAUAGAGAUUUAAAAGAGGGUUUUUAACUUUUUAUGUGGUCCCCUCAGCAGGAAAAUUGUCAAAACUUGCUCAAAAGUCUAAGGAAUGGGAUAGUGGAUUCCAGGACCUGUGACCCUGCUGCAGCAGGAGUCAAGUCAUGCUGGUUCUCUUUCAUUCAUCAACCCUUACUUUUCUUCUGAGCAAUUUUUUGUUCCCAGGAAAAGCUUCAAAGGUUCUUCCUCUCCUACUGUUAUAAAACCCAAAAGACUUGAGAGACAUAGCAACCAAAUGCCACACAUUUUACAGUAAACUUCAGACUUAUUUAACUCAUCAAUUCUUCAGCAUAAAUCUCUGCUAAGGAUUUUUUUUUUUUUUUUUUUUGAGACAGAAUUUCACUCUUGUUGCCCAGGCUGUGGUGCAACGGUGCGAUCUCGGCUCACUGCAACCUCCGCCUCCGAGGUUCAAGCGAUUCUCCUGCCUCAGCCUCCCAAAUACCUGAGAUUACAGGCUCCCACCACCAUGCCUGGCUAAUUUUUGUAUUCUUAGUAGAGACAGGCUUUCAUCAUGUUGGCCAGGCUAGUCUUGAACUCCUGACCUCAGGUGAUCCACCUACCUCAGCCUCCCAAACUCCUGGGAUUACAGGCAUGAACCACUGCGCCCAGCCAGGAGGUUUUUUUUUUUUUUUGAGACAGAGUUUCGCUCUUGUUACCCAGGCUGGAGUGCAAUGGCGUGAUCUUGGCUCACCACAACCUCCGCCUUCUGGGUUCAAGCAAUUCUCCUUAGGCGCGCACCACCAUGCCCACCUAAUUUUUGUAUUUUUAGUAGAGACGGGGUUUCAUCUCGUCGACCAGGAUGGUCUCGAUCUCUUGACCUCAUGAUCCACCUACCUCGGCCUCCCAAAGUGCUAGGAUUACAGGCAUGAACCACUGCGCCCGGCCAGGAGUUGCUUUUUAAUAUAACCCAAUGCCAUUAUCACACCUGACAAAAUUAGCAAUAAUUCCUUCAUCUUAUCUGGAUUCCCAUUCCAUACUCACAUGCCCCACCACUCCCAACAGUAUCUUAUUACAGCUGGUGUGUUCAAAUCAGGAUCCAAACAGUCCAUAUGUGGCAUCUGGUUGCUACACCUCUCAAGUCUUGGGUUUUAUCACAGUAGAGAGAAAAAACUUUUGAAGCUUCCUGGGGACAAAAAAUUGCUCAGAAAACUGAUGGUCCCAUGGAAGAAGGAUAAAAAACCAGUGGACAACCAGCAAGCCUUGGUGCGCAGGGAGUCUGUGGUCAAUCUGGAGAACUUCAAGAAGCAAUAUGCCCGCAGGCGGUGGAAG